AUAUAUGUAUAUAUAGAGUUUAUAAAUACUUGAUAAUAUGCUUCAAAAUAUAAAAUAAGAAAAAAAUUUAUCCUAAAUUUUUGUUGAAAAAACUCGCGGGUUAUUCUUAUCAUAUAAAUAUAUAUAAAACCAAUUAUCACAUGUAUAUACACAUAUAUAAUAUAAUUAUUCUAUAGGGUAAAAUAAACUACUGCUUAUGUGCAGUAAAUAUAAGAGGUUAAAUACCAGCAAUCAGGAAUAAAAAAAUAUCAAUGGCAUCACGAGGACUUGAGUUGGUAAAGGCUGCGAUUGAGGGCACCAUGAAAAUGAAUCGAUGGGGACCAUAUUUAAAAAAUCUCGAGAUACUGUCAGCUGGAAACGGUCAAUGCAAAGCAGAAUUUACUGUCAAAGAAGAACAGUUGAAUUAUGGUGGUAGUCUUCAUGGUGGUUGCACGUGCAGUCUUGUUGACUGUGUAUCCACUUACGCACUAUUGACCCAUGGCAAAGGACAUCCUGGAGUUUCUGUUAAUAUGAACGUUUCGUUCAUGAAAGCUGCAAUGCCAGAUGAAGUGAUAAUAGUCGAAGCUAAAACUAUAAAACUUGGUCGUACAUUAGCCUUUCUGGACAUCGAAUUAUCUAAAAAAAAAGACGGCUCUCUGAUUGCCCGUGGAUCUCACACCAAAUUCGUAGGAUUUGAUUAAUUUAAAACUACAACUAAUUACUAAUUAGCUAAAAAAUAACUCAAUUGAACCCAACAGACUAUAUAUGUAUGUAUAUAUUUAUAUAUAUAUAUAUAAAUUUAUUAUAUAUGUACAGAUAAUUGCGGUACAAUUGCAAGCAUAACUGCCAAAUGAAACGUUUAUGUACAAAAAAUAAAAAAACUAAAAAGUAAGUGACUCAAUUAACAAAUUUAUAAUAAUAUAUUAUCAUAAUGAUUUUUAAUUUUUAAAAACGCAUGGUAUUUAAAUGCAUUAGUUAAGCGUAUACUUUUAAAUAUGUAAUAAUAGUAUCAACAUUCCUCAGAUUUUUAGAUAAAAGUUUUCUAAAAAUGCAGUCUGAUGUUACACAAAUGACAUCAAACUCUCGAUGGUACUGUUAGUACUCGCUAUUAAUUUCUUCAGAUGUUUGACACGCUCAGUUAAUUUAUUUACGAGUUUAUUAAGUAUUUUAGCUUCCUCUUUAACGUAAUCAAUCAUCUCCGUAACUCUGUUUUUAUCUAUACCCCCAGUGUCAAUAAAUUGCUGCUGCUUAUUGAAAACUUCUAAAUAUUUAUCAGCCGACGGUGACCUCGGCAAUCUGACUCUUGGUAAAUUUCCAUUUACGCUGGUGCAGGUCGAGUCUAAAUCACCGCAACACUCGGACCAGAAUCGCAGAUCAACUGCGGGAAUAUCCUGGCAGGACACGAUUUUUUCGGUCUCGCUGCCGCUAUCCUGCCUGUCGGGAAGAAUAAAAACAUUUCUUUGUAUCCGCGUGAUAUUGUCAGCAUUAUCGCAGAGAAUUCUGGCUAGACUUGACUGUUUUAUUUGCUGGAGCUGCUCGGGUUUGAAUGUCGAAGGAUUUUCGUACCACAGUCUAUCCGCGUCUCGCGUGCGUUUGAACUGUUCGAGAAGCAGACAUUUAAAAAGCGGGCCUACUUUAGCACCUGGUAGUUGAUCCUCAAGAAUACCACCGACCCAGACGUCAAUAUUACCCGGAUGUCCGUAGAGUUCUUGGAGCUUCUUUCUUACUUUAUCGCUGCUUAUUUCAUUGGCAAGAUCAUCAAAGCUAUCGAUCACUUGAUCUGCUGAUGACAAAUUGCAGUACUUUCUCCACUCAAGGUAACCAGGAAUACCGUGCUCGCGAGCUCGUUGAAUAUUCAUAGCAGCCAGAUCCAGCGCUACUGCAUGAGCUGUUCUGAAUAACUGUUCAGUCAACUCGGUAUUUAAAUUUUCUUCCGGCAUUUUAAGCUUCGCAGCAGUCAAGAACAUCCCACGUAAUAGAGGAUCGACUCCGCCCUCAUCGACUAAUCGCCAGGGUGAGAAAAAUGCAUCGCGUAGAUUAAGCGGCCCCUGAGGAAUGCUGGACAAAUCAUCAUUCAGUCUCUCCAACCUCGGCUGUAUUAUCGAGUGGCCAAAACGCAGCGCUGCUGUUGCAAAUACAUUUGAAAUACUGGCAUCUAAGUCCGGACUGUAACCAUUCCAGGAUCCAAUUAAUUCCUCAGUUGUCUUGCCGAAGAUAAUUGGCAGCCAAUGUUGAUAAGUGAUAUGCUGCAUUUGAGCGCCAACUAUUUUUCUCGCUUCCUGGUACAGACGUUCCCCGCUCCAGUGGCUAUUUAAUUCCCCUAGUAUCCUGGCAAUCCUGUUGUGUUCUCUCAGCCAGAUCGUGUGCAUCGCCAGCAAACCGACUUGUUCAUUAGCACGAAUAUCUCCAGCGACAAAACAAUUUAUUGAUGACUCAACAGGAUUUCUUCUGCAGUCAACAAACUGUCCAGGUGUCGUGUAGGGGAGCAGAGCUUUUUUACCCGGCAAAGUAACUCCUUCUCUCAGUAAUCCUCUGU